AAUUGUGGAGGCGAAGCCAUCCUCCGAGGGUCAUUCUCAGAAAAGAAGCGGCAGCCCCCGCCACUCACGUACAAUAUGUCGGACAAGCCCGUAGCUAGCGAGCACGAUACCGUGGUGGAAGUGGACCACAACGAUGGACGUGGCUUCCAGCCCGUUGACAGUCUGACGGAGCAGGUUGCGCAGAUCUCGGUGAGCGACGCCGCCGCCGAGGAGGAAGAGGAGGACGACCUUGCGAACCUGCCCAAGAACGUGUUGUUGCGUCUGGAUGCUCUGCGUAAGUUGCAGGAGACGCAGGCCGAGGUGGAAGAGGAGUUCGAGAAGGAGCGCAAGGCUCUGGAGCUCAAGUACGAGAAGCUCUACCAGCCUUUCUACAAGCAGCGCGCUGAGAUCGUUUCGGGUGCUAAGGAGGUGGAGGCCGUUACAGCCGCUGCUGUUGAGCCCCAGCAGGCUGACGCUGAGACCGAGGAGGACGUUAAGGGUGUGCCGGGUUUCUGGCUGCGUGCCUUCAUGAACCACUCGGUGCUGGCCGAGCUUAUCCAGGAGCGCGACCUGCCCGCCUUUGAGUUCCUUACGGACGUGAACUCGGUGAGCCACGAGGAGGACAACGGAUUUAAACUCACCUUCGAGUUUGCUGAGAACCCGUUCUUCACUAACAAGAUCCUCACUAAGGAGUACGACAUUGGUGACGCCUCGGAGCUGGGCGAGGCUGUGUUGCGCAACGUGACGGGCACGGUCAUCGAGUGGAAGGAAGGCAAGAACCUCUGCGAAGUGACCAAGAAGGUCAAGCAGCGUGCUAAGGGUGGCAAGGGCGAGACCCGCGUCGUGAGCCGUACUGAGCCCUGCGAGAGCUUCUUCCAGUUCUUCACGCCCGUCGAGAUGCCGUCAGAGGAGGACGAUGAGGACAGCGAGAUGAUCAUGCGCCAGCUGAGUGGUGACUUUGAAAUUGGCUUCACGAUCCACGAGACCAUCAUUCCGCAGGCUCUGCUGUGGUUCACGGGCGAAGCUGUGGAGGAUGACGACUCGGACUACGACCCAGAGGACGAUGAGGACUACGAGGAAUCGGACGAGGAAUCGCUCUCGGGUGACGAGGCUCCCAAGCCGCGUCGGGGCAAGAAGAAAUUCCCCGCUCUUGAGGGCGGCGCCAAUUCCACCGAGAAGCCGCCUGAGUGCAAGAACCAGUAAGUUACGGCAUCAUCACCUUGUUCAGAGUAUCGUUUUGCGAGAUUGACGUGUUGGUAAAAGGCCCCGAAGUUCCACGCGGUAGUCUAGAGAGACGAGAACAAUUUUAUAUAAACAAAUCUUUGAGCGAUCGUCAACCACUACAUUGUUGUAGCUGCCAUCUCGAAUAAGAUACUUUGGUUGAUGAUCCGUGCGCGACACGGCUGAUGAGAUACGCUG